UCAUGGACUAUCACAUGUUUAGUGUUAAAGGAAAGGACUUGGUGAACUGCUAGCAUUUUAAGCUAGAUUUCAGAGAGGCAUUUAAAUUUCAUUAGUAUUUUGAAAACAUUGUGAAAAAAGAAAAGGAGUUUUAAAUAAUAUUGUUGUUUCAUGUUACUAAGGAAAUAGGCUUUAUUUUUGUAACUAGUGAUUAUCAGAGUCAGUAACACUAGCCAUUUGUUUUCUUUCUGUCUGUUUGCUUUUGAACAGUGAUACAUAAUUUAGAAAACAUAAAGCUUUUCAGAGAACGUAGUCUAUGUGAAUGGGAGAUAUUGUCACGCAGUAUAAAAAAGCAGGCGGUGGAGAAAAGAAGGAGCACUUGUACAAAAUAUUGGUGAUAGGAGAGCUGGGAACUGGGAAGACCAGUAUCAUCAAGAGAUAUGUGCAUCAGUUUUUCUCUCAACACUACAGAGCCACAAUUGGUGUUGACUUUGCCCUGAAAGUAUUAAACUGGGAUGCGGAUACAUUAAUUAGGUUACAGUUAUGGGAUAUUGCAGGUCAAGAAAGAUUCGGUAAUAUGACAAGGGUGUAUUACAAAGAAGCUGUAGGGGCUUUUGUUGUUUUUGAUGUCACACGGGCAUCAACGUUUGAGGCUGUGACGAAGUGGAAAAGUGACCUCGACAACAAAGUUCAGCUUUCUGAUGGCUCCCCAGUCCCCUGUGUCUUAUUAGGGAACAAAUGUGAUCAAGCUAAGGAAGGAUUAGUAAACAAUGCAUCCCAGAUGGAUGAGUUUUGUAAAGAAAAAGGUUUCAUUGGUUGGUAUGAGACGUCUGCUAGGGAGAACAUCAAUAUUGAUGAGGCUGCCAGGUUUUUAGUUACAAAGAUAUUAGAGAAAGACAGGGCCAACAAGCUUGGAGAUGAUGUCCGGGAUGGAGAUACUAUUUUGGUAGAUGGCAAGGAUCCUUCCAAUGGUCCAGUUAAAAAGUCUUGUUGCUGAUAAAAACUUCUUACCAACAUGUUGAUUCUGUUCUGCCUUUAGUAAACUUUGACUUUGAAGAACUCAUUCCAAGUGAUUGUAAAGUCAUUUGACAUAAUGUGUUUUAAAAAAUACCUAUUUCGGAAUAUUUCUAGUAUAACAUGAAUUGAAAAAAAAAAAUGCUGCUGUUAUGUCAAAUUUCCUCCUUUUAAAAGAUGUAUUACAGAAUUAAUUAGUAGCUAUUAAAGUGUAGUAGAGACUCUAUGACAUAUGGAAUCCUCUCAGUAACAUUGUUGUCUUUGCGUGAAAUUGUAGUGGGUCAAAUUCUUUGAAUAUAAAUCUCUAUGUUUCUAGGAAACGAAUGAAACUCUGGAAUCUUUUCUGUCACAAGAAUUAUUUAUUCAGUACUUAGAAAAAAUAUUGCUAGUUCUAAGAAUGCAAAAGUUUCUGUGUUUGUUUUUCUAUUACAAAGUAUGCAAUAUUUUUUUUGUAAACAUUUAUGAAACAAAUUUGUAUAAAAUUUAAAAUACUCUGAGUGCAAUGUUAUUGUUGGUUGUUAGCACUAUAAGUAGUGAGAGUGUGUUAUCCCCCCUGAUUCUUGAUGUGCAAGUGUUGAUUGACCCAUAUCACUUAAUUAAUCUUUUAGUCUUUUGAAUAACUUUUGCCUCAUUCUAACCUGAUGUUUGAAAUUUAGCAAAUGGAUAUAAAAGGCUUCAUUAAAAAAUAAGUUCUAUCAAGAUUGUUUAGGGUUGCACAUGAAAUGUGUAUGCACAUUUUUAUCAAAAUCAUGCCAAUCGUGUGUCUCUAUUCAUGUUUUACAAAGGGUUUGUGAACUACUGGCUUCACUGUGAUAUAUCAUCAAAUAGUGGAUCAAUUAUACAGCUUUUUUUUUCCCCACUUCUGACAGUGUUUGUAUGAAGAAGCUUUUCUGUAUAGAUCUUAAUAUAUAGGUUAUACAUCUUUAGUUAUAGGCUAUGCAUCUUGGGUUAUAGGUUAUACACCUUAGGUUAUAGGUUAUGCAUCUAAAUUUAUAGGUUAUACUUCUUAAGUUAAGUUCAUUUUCAUUUAUAUGUUAUUUUUUUACUACCAUUUUUUUGCCCAAUCUUAUUAGUUCUGUCAACUAGAUUGAAUAUAUUUAUUAGAUUGAAUCUAAUUAUUAUCUUGGUAGACAGAAAAUGUUUAUAAAGAAGACUAAUUGAAUAAAUGUUUUUUGAGAAAUGGAUCUUGCUAUUCAUAAAGCUUAAAAUGUAUUUGAAAUCAUUUACUGUGUUGUUAGCAAAGAUAGAUGAUCAUAAGAUUGUAUGGUGGGGAAUUAGACUAAAACAAUUUUUUUUUUUGUCAUUUAUAUUGCUGCAAAUAAUUGUUUCUUAAUCAGCUAUUUUUCUACAUCUAUAUGAUUUUAUGUAAUGUUAAAUUGUCACUUGUUACAUUGUUGCCUGUACUUAGCAUUGAUGGUAAGUAUUUGUGUGUGGCACAGAUUGAGUUUGAAUCUGUUGUUACAUUUCCUAUCUCCUAGUCAGAAACCUUCAAAACUAACUGUUACCUCUCUCUCUCUCCAAUGAAAACCUGAAUGUAUUAAACCUUUACAUUUGGCCAAAUUAAUUUCCUUUACACUUGUUUAAUAAGCCAUCUCUUCUUUGGCCAGCAUCACUUCUCUAAAGAGUAAAAAUAUAUGGAAUUGAUGAAAUAGUGUUUUUGUAUAUGAGUGAAUGCUUGUAUGCGUCUGUGUAUGAACAGAAACUAAAGAAAUGGAGGAGUGCAUGAAGUCAAUAAAAAACUUGUUUCUCAACAUUGUAUUGAGGGUUUUGCUCUUAAGUAGCUAAGAAAAGGUGCUAAAUGUUCCACGCGUCACCAUUUUAGCUCCAUUUUGUAAAGCUAUUUGUGACCCAUCUCCCUACAUUAGGGACAAAGUGAACAUUUUAUUUCCCUUUACUCAAACAUGUCGCAGUUAUCACUGAAUUUUGAAUAAGUAACAAUAUGGCUUUAUUUGGGACCAUUGUAUUUUUUGCCUUAUAAAUUUCUUUUCAUAUAUCUACAAGAUUUCACUAGUUAAUUGUAUUCAAUAAUAUACUUACCUUUUGUUAAAAAUACAAAGUUCCGAAGAUGAAAUGAAAGUAUAUUACCAACUGGAAUAAAUGUUCUUGGGAAAAAAAUGAUUGCAUAUCUAGUUCUUAUUUCACUAGUUUUUCCACGUUUUUUUUAGAAGGCGUUAUAUAUAUUUUCUAUGAAGUAAUUAUUUAAUGUGCGUCUUUUCUAUAAAAUAGCAGGUAUAUUGUGUUCAAAUCACUGCUGUAAGAAUGAAACUUUUUUUUUUGAUAUUUUUAUCUACAAAUGUUAAUGAAAUGUAAAUAAAUAAAUGAAUUACAUCGA